AUGUUGAUACCCCAAAUUUCUUCAGCGCUCUACGCUGGGAUGGUCCUGAUAUCGCCCGAUGUUCCUUCGUUCACACAAUCAUCAUAUCGUCCACAACCAACCGCCAUGAUCACAGCGGCGCCACCACCACCAACAACGCCCAGUACAUUUUUGGUUCCGUCACCUUCUUCCAACGCCGCGAGGUUGCUAGUAGAACCAAAGAGUGGAUCCUUUGCCAGAAUGGCCAAUCCUCAAAGCAGCAGCAGUUUUCAAAACAAUUUUGCUCUGCAACAGUUGUUCCAACAACGAGCCUUACAAGACGCCCGGUUGGAACAAUGUCAAGAAACACAAGAAGAGGAUUUUGAACAAUGCUUCUUUUAUGGAACCGGUGGUAUUGAUCGUAUGGAUGGAAUGGGACUGAUAGGAGGAGGAGUUGGACGUGGACGAGGAUUGGUAGGUGCAAGAUAUCCAUCGAAUGCGGGAAUUGCCUCGAACCAAGAUGGUACCAACAGCAUGAUGCUGCCAUCAUCCAAAAAGACGACAGUCCCCACAUGGUAG